CGCGCGCUCGCCCCCGCCUCCCGCGAGUGCGGCCUCGGCUUACAGCCGCUCCAGCUGACGGCCAAGGUGGUGAGGUCUGGUACAGCGGUCAGAAUGGCAGAGGAGCAGGAGUUCACCCAGCUGUGCAAAUUGCCCGCGCAGCCCUCUCCCCCACACUGUGUCAACAACACCUACCGAAGUACACAGCAUUCCCAGGCCCUGCUCCGGGGGCUACUGGCUCUUCGGGACAGCGGCAUCCUCUUCGAUGUCGUCCUGGUGGUGGAGGGGAGACACAUUGAAGCCCAUCGCAUCCUGCUGGCUGCAUCCUGUGAUUACUUCAGAGGUAUGUUUGCUGGGGGAUUGAAGGAAAUGGAGCAGGAAGAGGUCCUAAUCCACGGCGUAUCCUAUAAUGCCAUGUGCCAAAUUCUGCACUUCAUAUACACUUCCGAGCUGGAGCUCAGCCUGAGCAAUGUCCAGGAGACGCUGGUUGCCGCCUGCCAGCUUCAGAUCCCAGAAAUCAUCCAUUUCUGCUGUGAUUUCCUCAUGUCCUGGGUAGAUGAGGAGAACAUCCUUGAUGUCUACCGGCUGGCAGAGCUAUUUGACUUGAGCCGCCUGACCAAGCAGCUGGACACCUACAUCCUCAAAAACUUUGUGGCCUUCUCGAGGACUGAUAAGUACCGCCAGCUUCCCCUGGAGAAGGUCUACUCCCUCCUCAGUAGCAACCGCCUGGAGGUCUCCUGUGAGACUGAGGUGUACGAGGGCGCCCUUCUCUACCAUUACACCCCGGAGCAGGUGCAGGCAGACCAGAUCUCACUGCAUGAGCCCCCCAAGCUUCUUGAGACUGUGCGGUUUCCCCUAAUGGAAGUCGAGGUCCUCCAGCGGCUUCACGACAAGCUGGACCCCAGCCCACUGAGAGACAUAGUAGCUAAUGCUCUCAUGUACCACCGGAACGAGAGCCUGCAGCCCAGCCUGCAGGGCCCACACACGGAGCUUCGGUCGGACUUCCAGUGCGUUGUGGGCUUCGGGGGCAUUCACUCUACACCAUCCACUGUCCUCAGUGACCAGGCCAAAUACCUAAACCCCCUGCUGGGAGAGUGGAAGCACUUCACUGCCUCUCUGGCCCCCCGCAUGUCCAACCAGGGCAUCGCGGUGCUCAACAACUUUGUGUACCUGAUCGGGGGAGACAACAACGUCCAGGGAUUCCGUGCUGAAUCCCGAUGCUGGAGGUACGACCCACGGCACAACCGCUGGUUCCAGAUCCAGUCUCUGCAGCAGGAGCACGCCGACCUGUGUGUGUGCGUCGUGGGCGGGUACAUCUACGCGGUGGCGGGCCGUGACUACCACAACGACCUGAAUGCUGUGGAGCGCUACGACCCUGCCACCAACUCCUGGGCCUACGUGGCCCCACUCAAGAGGGAGGUGUAUGCCCAUGCUGGUGCCACGCUGGAGGGCAAGAUGUAUAUUACCUGCGGCCGCAGAGGGGAGGACUACCUAAGAGAGACACACUGCUAUGACCCGGACAGCAACAGCUGGCACGUGCUGGCCGACGGGCCCGUGCGGCGUGCCUGGCAUGGCAUGGCCACGCUCCUGGACAAGCUGUAUGUGAUCGGGGGCAGCAACAACGAUGCCGGCUACAGGAGGGACGUGCACCAGGUGGCCUGCUACAGCUGCACAUCUGGGCAGUGGUCAUCUGUCUGCCCACUCCCGGCGGGGCAUGGUGAGCCCGGCAUUGCUGUGCUGGACAACAGGAUCUAUGUGCUGGGUGGCCGUUCACACAACCGAGGCAGCCGCACAGGCUACGUGCACAUCUACGACGUGGAGAAGGACUGCUGGGAGGAGGGGCCCCAGCUGGACAAUUCCAUCUCGGGCCUGGCGGCCUGUGUGCUCACCCUGCCCCGUUCCCUGCUCCUCGAGCCGCCCCGUGGGACCCCUGACCGCCAGGCCGACCCGGACUUCGCCUCUGAGGUGAUGAGUGUGUCUGACUGGGAGGAGUUCGACAACUCCAGUGAAGACUAGGGCUCUGGGGCUGGUGUGAGCAGGAAGGGAACUGUGGUAGGAGCUCCAAGGGCAGCCCAAGCCAGAGCACUUUACCCUAGGGCCUUGAGACCCUUCCUUCUGGCACCCCCUGCCGGCUGGCUUCUGCCGCCCUUCUUUCACACCAGCCUGUCUGCCAGUUGCAGCAGGUAUUUGCGGGGCUCCGUAGAUCUGGACUGUGGAUCACCAUGUGGGGGAAGUGCUCGGGAAGGCGCUGGUCCUCUGAAGGGUUACCAGGCCCACUUCUCAGCUCAGACAGGGUCCACCGUCACCAGCUGUCUUGGCCUCCCUGCUUCUGGUCCUUGCUGGGCUGAGAAGGUGUCCUUUUCCAAAGGGACCUGGGCAAGGGGACUGAAGCAUAUCGAGCCCGCUUCUGUGGGCAGGGAGGGGGUAGGGUGAGGCCCUUGCCUACCCCAUAGCCAGGGCCUUGAGCAAUUGAGGGCUCCCAAGGGCUGGAGAGGGAGCAGAGGCAUAAGGUUGUGUGAGAUUGGUUCUAGUGAUAAGAUUCCUUACAGCUGGGCUUUUCUGACACCAUGUUGUUGGUAAAUGAAAUAAAUCCUCUUACAAAAGGUGUGAAUUGUUCCUGUGGCCACGGCCUCAAUCACCGUGAAGUACUGGGUCCCUU